GGACAAGGGCAAGUGGCAAACAGCAUAACUCAGCAAGGAUGGAGAGCAAUCCGGGUGAAUCGUCGGAGGUCGUGUACGGCACGCACGAAGACUCCGCAAUGGUGAUGUCAGAAAAGGUGCAAUCUUUAGCCGGGAGCAUUUAUCAAGAAUUCGAACGUAUGAUUCAACGGUACGAUGAGGAUGUGGUGAAAACACUCAUGCCACUGCUAGUGAACGUACUCGAAUGUCUCGAUUCGGCGUACCAAACGAACCAGGAACAGGAUGUCGAACUGGAACUGCUUCGCGAAGACAACGAGCAGCUGGUAACGCAGUACGAGCGUGAAAAGAAUGCUCGCAAACAGUCGGAACAGAAGCUGCUCGAGACGGAAGAUUUGGCCGAGCAGGAGAACAAAGAGCUGGCCAGCCGUCUUGAGUCGCUGGAAAGCAUCGUGCGCAUGUUGGAGCUCAAGCACAAAAACAGCAUGGACCAUGCCAGCCGGUUGGAAGAACGCGAAUCCGAGCUCAAGAAGGAGUACAGCAAACUGCACGAACGGUACACGGAACUGUUCAAAACGCACGUAGACUACAUGGAGCGUACGAAGCUGAUGAUGGGCAAUUCAACCCACUCGCAGGCGGGAUCAGCCUCCGAACGGUUGGACGUUUCCCGAUCCCGUCUAAUGCCCAUGAUGCGCUCAACGGGACCCGUUUCGUACGGGUUUGCAUCGUUGGAAAAUUCUACCAUGCUCGAUACGGAAACACUUUGCAGCGAAGAUGACAGCGGGCCCGAUUCGGGACCACCUUCGCUGCAGAACGAAAUCGAAACGAAGGCUACGGAAAAGGUGGAAGAGGUAGAUUCGGCCACAACGACACCGGCCGAUGGAAUGGCAACGAGCUCAACCGCAAAGGUACUGCAGAGUCCAUCCGGUGGCGGUGUGUCGGGUAAAACGACCACAAAGAAAGAGCAACGUUCGGCCAACACGCUUUAUCAGGAGCUGUCGUUUCAAGAUGAUAAUUUGGAAAGUGAAGAAAACGAAAUUACCGGUGCCUGGGUACAUCCCGGGGAUUAUGCGUCAUCAGCUAACGAUAACUUUUUCGGUAUGGGCAAAGAGGUUGAAAAUUUGAUCAUGGAAAACAAUGAGCUGUUAGCGACCAAGAAUGCACUCAACAUCGUGAAAGACGAUCUAAUAGUGAAAGUGGACGAGUUGACCGGUGAAAUCGAAAUCCUUCGAGAGGAGCUGAACGCGGUCAUACUGGCACGCAACAAGCUCAAGGCAAAGGUAACCGAGCUAGAGGAGGAACUGAAAAAAACGAAAGCCCAAGUAAAGCAAGCCUCAUCGUCGGCAACCGACCAAGAGGAGGAGGGUGACGUACCGAUGGCACAGCGCAAACGAUUCACCCGUGUCGAGAUGGCGCGCGUGCUAAUGGAGCGUAACCAGUACAAGGAGCGCUUUAUGGAGCUACAGGAUGCGGUACGCUGGACGGAAAUGAUGCGUGCCUCACGGGUCGAAAAUCUGGACAAGAAAUCCAAGCAAGGCAUUUGGAAGUUUUUUAGUAAUCUCUUUAGCUCCAACGAUAGGCCAACGAAUGAGUCCCCCGGGCGCCUUCAUCAGCGCUAUGGUGGCGUGAGUGCGCAAUCGCAAGCGCACGGUGCCGCCACGCUGCUGCCUGCCAUGCCCGAGGGACGAAUGCUCAUUGGGGCAGGCAAUAGCGGCGGUGCGGGUGGUGGUGUAGGUGUUGGUAUCGGUGGUCUCGGUGUGGUCGGUUCCUCGACUGCCCUUUUACGCAGUGGCCAUGCAAGCAACAUACUGGUGCUAUCGAAAGAACCCGAACUGACGCAAUCGGAGCGUGCGAUGCAGCGGCGCCGGGACCAGUACCGGCAGGUGAGGGCACACGUACAGAAGGAGGAUGGCCGGCUGCAAGCAUACGGUUGGAGUUUACCUAGUCUUAAACCAUCGAACGCGACAGGAGCGAACGGUGGCAUUGGUGGUGGUGGUAUUGGAGGUGUGGGGCGCCCGACCGGUAGUGGUGUGCCAGUUCCGGUUCCUGUAUACUGUCGCCCAUUGGCCGAGGCUAGUCCGCACAUGAAGGUGUGGUGUGCAAGUGGCGUUAAUCUGCAGGGCGGCUACACGAAGGAUGGUGGCUGUAUCGUUGGGGCGGCUAGCAUUUUUUAUUCAAAAGACACAACAACCGGCGGCGGCGGUGGUGCACAGAUCACCGAGAUAACGGGUGAUGAGGCCACGGUAGAACCGAAAGAUUUGGGUGAACUGUUGGAGCGAAAGCUUCUCGCGCUGGGCGGUCCAAACUCGCUCGAUGCGGACAGUGAGCUUAGUUCGUACGUGUGGAUCUGCACCAGCACCCAUUCGGCCAGCACGGUAACGGUGAUCGAUGCUAAAAACCCGUCCGAAGUGCUGGACUCGUUCCCUGUGUGCCAGAAUCAUUUGCUGUGCAUCUGUACGGUUCGUGGUGCACUUGAAAUGGACUACGCAAUGUUGGAAAACAGCGAAGUUACUAAAUCGGGCAAAAUGCUUGAAAAACCCGGCGAAUCUCCUGACGAUAUUGGUAAAGUAUCGUAUGAAAAGGUUGUCCGCACAUCCGCCGAAUCGGCGGCAGCUACUUCAGCAGACGAAAGUAAAGUUACAGAACAAGCUCAAGAAGCGGUACCACCAUCCGAUACAGGACCGGAACAAGCGACCGAAGCUAACAACGAUCGUGAUCUUAACCAUAACAGUAAGCUGCCCUCGAAUGAAACCGCCGACAGCCUCAACGUGGACACGAAAGAGAUUGCGAUCGCGGUGGACGGUAACGAUAAUACGAUUGACGGUGAAACGACUUCCUCACCCAGCAGACAACAACAGUCUGCUGCUGCGAUCGAAGAAUCCAUCUCUUCGAUCGGACCGACGAUGUGGCUCGGAGCACAGAACGGUAUGCUGUACGUGCACAGUUCCGUCGCCCGAUGGAACGUCUGCCUGCACAAGAUCAAACUGCCCGACUCGGUGCUCUCGAUCGUGCACGUAGAAUCGCGUGUGAUCGUAGCGCUUGCGAACGGCACGUUGGCAGUAUUUCGACGACAGGUGAACGGUGAAUGGGAUCUAAACAGCUACCAUCUGCUAACGCUCGGUUCGCCGAAAUAUUCGGUGCGUUGUUUGACGAUUGUUGGCGAUAAGGUUUGGGCCGCGCACCGUAACAAGAUACAUGUGAUCGAUCCAAUCACGCUGUGCAUACUGAAAUCGUUCGAAGCACAUCCACGGAAGGAAAGUCAGAUCCGACAGAUGGCAACAACGGGGCUGGGUGUGUGGGUAUCCAUAAGAUUGGACUCGACUUUAAGGCUGUUUUCGGCAGAAACGUACGAUCAUCUGGAAGACAUCGACAUCGAUCCGUACGUGUCGAAGAUGUUGGGAACGGGAAAGCUCGGCUUUUCCUUUGUACGUAUUACCGCACUGCUGGUAUCGUGCAACAGGCUGUGGAUAGGAACUGGCAACGGUGUGGUAAUUUCCGUACCACUGACUGACGCUAGCGGCGCUUCCAAUACACCGUACUCGCCGCGAUUCGCAAAUGCUCAACUAUCGUUCCAUGGGCACCGCGACGCAGUGAAGUUUUUCGUGUCCGUACCGAUGAACCCACCCAACCAAGGGUUACCGACCACUUCGAAGGAUAUGCUGGUUAUAUCCGGUGGCGAAGGAUACAUUGAUUUUCGGUUAGAAGAAAUAGUAGAAGAUGUAUGCGAUGCCGCAACACACUUAUUAGUUUGGCGUGUUAGUUCAUCGUACGAUGAUUUAUCUGUUUGUAGCUAAGGUUUAUUGUAUAUUUUCUAAGAGAAAGAAAGUAUAGAGCCACCUCCUACUACUCCCCUC